AUGUUCACUCUUUGCGUCGGUGGUAACCUUGUUUCUUACUUUGUCAUUGAAAGAGUUGAUAGAAGAGUCCUCUACAUUGGUGGUGUUGCCCUUUGUACGAUCAUGAAUUUACUCAUUGCAUGCGUGUCAUAUGGAAGCUCGCAAGCUGCUGCCUAUACCACCGUUGUGUUUGUCUUUCUAUGGGCUUUUAUCUACGAAGCCACUGUUGGUCCAUUGACAUAUGCUUUGAUCACGGAGCUUCCACAGGGAAGAAUGCGUGCCAAAUCGGUGGCAAUUACUUCUAAUGUCAACAGUCUCUGUAGUUUUGGUCUUGGUUAUCUCAUCCCAUAUUUGUUCAAUCCCGAUGAAGUUAACAUGGGGCUAGGAUCAUGUACCGGUGUGGUUUUGUUCGUUGUGAUGCUCUUCUUCUUACCAGAAACUAGAGGAAGAACUGCUAACGAGAUUGAGCAGUUGUUCGUGAACAAAGUGGGUGCUUUGAAAUUCAAGAGGGCUAAGUUUGAUGAAGAUGAUAAAUUAAUUAUGUCAUCAGUGGGGAAAGAGGCUACUCUACUCUACGCUACAUGCUACGCUACAGGCUACUCUACUCUACGCUACAUGCUACGCUACAGGCUACAGGCUACAUGCUACUCUACGCUACAGGCUACGCUACAUACUCUACGCUACAUGCGCUACGCUGCAUCUUCUGGGGAGGGACAACGACAGACUGGAAAGCUCAAGAGAACGAGCGGACUUGGAGAUGGAAGAAAAAA